AUGGUCCAUGCUACCAAGAGGCCGAAGGUCAGCCUGGUGCAAACUAAGAGCAUCAGUACUCUCAAGGAUGAAAUAGUUGUACCCAGGGGUACUCCGGUGACUUGCAUUGCAGGUAUAAAGCUGCAGUCUGAAGAUGUUGGCGCUGCUAUUCAAUUUCUGGAGUUCUGCCGCUCAUUUGGCAAGGUAAUUAUGGAAAGGAAGGGGCUACCAGAAGAAAUUCUCAAAGACUUAACUCAACGCAAAGAGGUGUCUUCAGUUGUUGCCGACGUUCACAUAAAUCUUCUGUCUGUCAUAGAAAAUGGCAAAGAUAACCCUUUUGAUAAGUAUCCAAGACAAGGAGAUGAGUGGAUAAGACAAGUAGGCGAAUACAUCACCUUGGCGUUACAUGCAGAAGUUACCCUUCGCUGCUUAAAUCAAGGGGUAUCAGGGUAUAAAAAUUUGAACCCUUCUUGUAAGCUGGAGGUUCUGAAUUGUCUGUGUGAUGAGGCAUUGUCUUCUGAAAAGCUGAGGACCUACAUUGACAUUGAAGAAAAAAAAAUGUGUGGCCAGACAAAAAAUCAAAGCUGCAACCAGAAAGGAGGAGAUAUUGCUAACAAUGAGGAAGCUAAUGAUAUCCUUUCUCAAAUAAAGGAAGCAGAAGAAGUCAAGCAGGCAGCUCGGAAUGGUCUGUAG